AGUAAUAAACGGGGCAGCUUGGAAGAGGUACCUGCCUGGAAGAGGUACCUGCUUUCUAAUAAUUGCCUUUAGUGGGAACAGAAGUCUCCUUACAAGAAGCUUUUAAUUCAUUUUAAGACUUAAUUUUAUGUUUUUUGAAGAACACCAAAAAAGUAUUUCUGGAAAAGACUGCUGAGAAGAUUUCCCUCUGUCAGCCAGAAAAGCAGAAAGAAGAUUGUAAAUCAAGGAAAAGGUUUGUCUCGGAGCGUGUGAACAUUCCUCCACUCGGCUUUCAACUCGCCUCCAACCUGCGCCGCCCGGCCAGCAUGUCUCCCCGCCCGUGAAGCGGGGCUGCCGCCGCCCUGCCACUCCGGCUGCCGCUAACGACCCGCCCUCGCCGCCACCUGGCCCUCCUGAUCGACGACACACGCACUUGAAACUUGUUCUCAGGGUGUGUGGAAUCAACUUUCCGGAAGCAACCAGCCCACCAGAGGAGGUAGACAGCUAUGUAUAUAUAUGUGGGUUUCGCUACAAAUGGUCCUGGAACACAAGGGCCUGGUUCGCAAAGAAGCUGACUUCAGAGGGGGAAACUUUAUUCUUUUAGGAGGCGGUUAGCCCUGUUCCACGAACCCAGGAGAACUGCUGGCCAGAUUAAUUAGACAUUGCUAUGGGAGACGCGUAAACACACUACUUAUCAUUGAUGCAUAUAUAAAACCAUUUCAUUUUCGCUAUUAUUUCAGAGGAGGCGCCUCUAAUUUAUUUUUUCCCCGUUUUUGCUCUUUCUGCCUGUGUGGUUUGGAGAAAGCACAGUUGGAGUAGCCGGUUGCUAAAUAAAUCCCGAGCGCGAGAGAGACGAUGCAGCGGAGACUGGUUCAGCAGUGGAGCGUCGCGGUGUUCCUGCUCAGCUACGCGGUGCCCUCCUGCGGGCGCUCGGUGGAGGGGCUCAGCCGCCGCCUCAAAAGAGCUGUGUCUGAACAUCAGCUCCUCCAUGACAAGGGGAAGUCCAUCCAAGAUUUACGGCGACGGUUCUUCCUCCACCAUCUGAUCGCCGAAAUCCACACAGCUGAAAUCAGAGCUACCUCGGAGGUGUCCCCUAACUCCAAGCCCUCUCCCAGCACAAAGAACCACCCCGUCCGAUUUGGGUCUGACGAUGAGGGCAGAUACCUAACUCAGGAAACCAACAAGGUGGAGACGUACAAAGAGCAGCCGCUCAAGACACCCGGGAAGAAAAAGAAAAGCAAGCCCGGGAAACGCAAGGAGCAGGAAAAGAAAAAACGGCGAACUCGCUCUGCCCGGUUAGACUCUGGAGUGGCUGGGAGUAGGCUAGAAGGGGACCCAGUGUCUGACACCUCCGCAGCGUCGCUGGAGCUCCAUUCACGCUGGGAGCAACUCUAACAUUCCCACCAAAACCAUUGGUGAAGAGGAGGCAUUGAAAUUUUCAGCAGAGACCUUCCAAGGACAUAUUGCAGGAUUCUGUAAUAGUGAACAUAUGGAAAGUAUUAGAAAUAUUUAUUGUCUGUAAAUACUGUAAAUGCAUUGGAAUAAAACUGUCUCCCCCGUUGCUCUAUGAAACUGCACAUUGGUCAUUGUGAAUUUUUUUUUUUUGCCAAGGCUAAUCCAAUAUUAUUAUCACAUUUACCAUAAUUUAUUUUGUCAAUUGAUGUAUUUAUUUUGUAAAUGUAUCUUGGUGCUGCUGAAUUUCUAUAUUUUUUGUAACAUAAUGCACUUUAGAUAUACAUAUCAAGUAUGUUGAUAAAUGACACAAUAAAGUGUCUCUAUUUUGUGGUUGAUUUUAAUUAAUGCCUAAAUAUAAUUAUCCAAAUUGAUUUUCCUCUGUGCAUGUAAAAAUAGCAGUAUUUUAAAUUUGUAAAGAAUGUCUAAUAAAAUAUAAUCUAAUUGCAUCAUGA